CAUACCAUAAUUCUACCAGCAGAAUGAUUUCAUGAUCACGAUGGAUUUCUCUGCAGUUGUGGCUGUUUACAAUUUAUGGCGCAUAGGAAAUCUGUUCAUGGCAAUCUUCUUUUCUCUUGCAUCAUAUGUACAACACAAUGACCCCGAUGCAGGAAUAUGGAUGCUGGCCUAUGGCAUUCCAGCAUUUCUCUGUGUAGCACAGUGUAUGAAGCCAAGCAUAUCAGAAAAUGUGGUAUGGCGUUACAUGACAGUGCUUCAUCUGGUGCUUUGUGCCUGUGGUGAGGGGUAUAUUCUAUCUCACAGCUACCUCUCCAGUGGGGCCGCUGGUAAGCAUGCCCAGCAGUGGUUUGAAAGAGAAGAAGCCAGGGAAUUUGCAGGGCUUCUAUUGGUCUGUAUAUGGCUAACCUUAUGUAUUCUACAAACAAAGACAAAUAGAAUGACAAGCCCUCCUCGGUUGGUAGUUUGGCUUGCUCUCCUCUUGAUCAUAACACCAUUCAUCCUAUGGGCUUCCAUCAACUUCAAUAAACAUUAUGAUGAGAUUCAACCAGACCAUUGCAAAGGAUCACUAAAGAUGCCCAGCUUUCAAAUGUGACAAGAGUUCUUGUGAAAAAUAAGGAAAGUUUAUCUGGUGGAGCUCUCACAGUUAAUUAUUAAACCAUUCUAUUGUUGUUUUUAUGGUUCCAUGACGUCUGCUCCAGCGACAAUUGCUCCGCUGUAAAUUCCACUCACUAACAG